GCAAAGGCGCGCUCUCCGAGUCGCGCUUGGUCUUCAGUAUUUAAGUGCGAUAAUUCAGUUUGCCUGGUAGUUCCCUAGUGGCACCAACUAAAGAAUCGUGAUUCGUAUACUUUUUUCGUAACUUUUUAUUGCAUUCUGUUAUUCUUUCAAGGAGACGUGAAAGGCUGGGGAGGUUAUAAAGACUGCGCGUUCAUUAAACUCCGUUAUGGCGAACUCAGGAGUGCAGCUGCUCGGGUUUUCCCUGUCCCUGGUGGGCAUCAUGGGGCUCAUCAUUGGCACAGUACUACCACAAUGGAAAAUGUCAGCCCAUGUGGGAGACAGUAUCAUCACUGCUGUGGCUACUUACCAGGGCCUGUGGAUGUCUUGCGCUUUCCAGAGCACCGGCCAACUCCAGUGCAAAAUCUACGACUCGGUCCUGCAGCUAGACAGUUCUCUCCAAGCAACUCGUGCUCUAAUGAUAGUUGGCAUCAUCGUGUCGAUUGCCGGACUGGGAGUCGCCUGUGUGGGUAUGAAGUGCACCACAUGUGGAGAAGAAAAUAAAGUGCGUAAAGCCCGUACUGCUAUGACAGGAGGCAUCAUACUGCUCAUCGGGGCUCUCAGUGCAAUCGUUGCAUGCUCUUGGUUUGCACACAACGUGAUCCGUGCUUUCUACAACCCUUACACUCCAGUCAACACCAAGUUUGAAUUCGGCUCAGCCAUUUUCAUAGCAUGGGCCGGAUCUUUUCUCGAUGUUCUUGGCGGAGCUUUAUUGGCCGCCUCCUGCCCUCAAAGAAAACAGGUGACUAAGUACUCUAAAAACUCCACUCGCACCACCAGCAGCACCAAGGAGUACGUGUGACUGAUUUCAGAAGAUCAGCCAGGAACUGUAUAUGAUAAACGAACCCUGUGAAAGGAAACAGGACUGAGCCUGAUAGAUUAAACUGAAGUACGUAGGAGGAAAACAUGGUUACUCCAUAGAGUGAGAAUGGCAGAAGGUGCUGAUUAUAAUAUACCAUUUUAUUCAGCAUUCUAAUAUCCUACACUUACUGGAGAUUAAAGUUUACGUUUUAUAAUGACCCAUGGUGCAAACAAACAUUUAUUACUAACUCUUUGAGUUCUUGCUUCUUGUACACAAUCUGAAUUACAUCACUGUGCUUUUGAAAGAGUAGUGUUGAAUGUGUUAGGCCUGUUUCACAUCGGAUGCGUAAGCAAAGUAUUACUGUAGCAGCUCAUAUUACUUAAGCGCAGACGCUAACGGGAUAAAGCAUUCACACUGCAUACCGAGGCGGCUUGGUGGCACGAAGCGUGAUCGAUUAGGCACUGAGUGUGUUUUUGAAAAAUAUAAGUGCCUUAUUUCUGAUCAAAAUAAACAUGGGUUGACAUGGAAAAUGAACAACUUCACCAUAAAAGCGUAUCCCUGAUACAGUAUCUACAGUGUCAUACACAUGACUUUCAGCACUGUUAAAAAAUGAAAUGAUCAAAAUUCACUACUGCCUGGCAGUUUUUAGGUUAUUUUUUUUUCUCAAAACACAAAAGCAUGUUUCUGUGAUUAAAAAGGUCUAGCAUAAUUUAAAGAUAAACUACAAAACGUUAUAUGUUUAUGUGGUAUGUGUGGAAGGAGAAACACUAUCACGGCCUCCUUCCUCCAUCAUUGUUUUUCUUAGCAAAAAAUAGAGCAAAUAAUAAAUAUUACAGAAAACAGAAAAUGAAAACUAGGAAGAUAAAACAAAUGAACUUUAAUAAGACUCUAGAAGAUGUGUUCAUAUUAAAUUAACUUGAGCUUCUCUGCUAGAAUUUACUAAAACACCGUCUGCAUUUAAAAAUUCAAUUCAACUACUGCAAACUCUAUUCGUGAUCCAGGGUUCAUCUGUGUGUGAAAGCACAACGGGUGUGAGCUGCUUUUGCUCUGCUUAUGCAUCCGGUGUUAAACCUGUGGAAGAUGAUGUGCUACCUUCAUGCUCGCUAGAGGGCGUAGAUGUCCCCAAUUUCUUGAUUAAAGUUCUGCCCAGAAAAAUGACCAAAUCUUUUCACUGUCUAUCAGGAAAAUGGUGUACAUGAUCCCUGGACAAGCAAGAAGUUUAAUUUAACCCUCCAAGUAAAACAUUUAUUAAAACAAAGAUUUUUUCCAAAAAAAAAUAAAAAAGUACAUAUCCCAGUCCACCCCAAAACAGCAUUCAAAAGUCACACAAAUGCUGUUUUUACUGUUUCUUUUUGGGCUGACUUUAGGAAUUUGAGUUAUAUUUAUCAGUCUUGCAGAUUUAGUUAUAGAAAAAUGAAUGUAUGUAUUAUAGUAAUGUAUUAAUGUUACAGAAUGUAUGUAUUAGAGUAAUGUAUUAACGUCUCUACAGCCUCUACGGUAUUAAUUUCUUUAUCUCUUGGAAGUGUAAGACAAAAGAUUAACACACUCCACUUCUGUCUCAACUCAACAUCUGGUUUAAAAUAUAAUGAAUUUACAUAACACUGGCACUUAUCAACCUUGAUCAAAACAAACUAUGAGAAUUGUUUUGGGUAAACACACACAAACAAAACAAAAGUCAGAGCUUGGUAAUUAUAUCAUGGCUAAAAAAAUGACUGACAAAAUAGUACAUAUACAAAGAAGAAUAGUCUUACAAGAGCUAGUGGUGACCUGCCUGUUUCUGUGUGUAUUUUGCCCCAUCUGAAAGAGUUUCAUUGUUGUAAACAGUUUAUAAUUACAGGUCUGAAAAGCACAUACUAGAUGUAUGUAUGUAUGUAUGUAUGUAUGUAUGUAUGUAUGUAUGUGUGUGUGUGUGUAUGUAUGUAUGUGUGUAUGUAUGUGUGUAUGUAUGUGUGUAUGUAUGUAUGUGUGUAUGUAUGUAUUUGUGUAUGUAUGGAUUGAUGGAUGGAUACAUUAUUCAACUCAGUGGAAAACUCACAAAUUCCAGCAGUAUCCACAAUCUUGGGAAAUAAGGCAUACAAUAAAAUCUUUAAAAAUAAAUAAAUAAAUAAAUCAAAAGGUGCAAAUCUUAGUAUUAAGGUGUACAUUGUGUAGAAUGGUUCUGUGCACAUUUUUGUAAUUGCUCUACACUAACAUACAGAAGCCGCUCAUAAAGGGCUUGACUCGGAAUGUUUUGCGCACAGACGUUACAAAAACACACCAGCCAUGGGGUCCUUAUGACUGUAAGACAAUAAGAAAAUAAACACUGAUUUAGAUCAGAUAUUGUGUCUGAAUCUCUGUUAGAUCACACAAGGGACCUGGUGAAGUGAAUAUAUCAAGCACAUAAAAACACCCUAAUAUGAGUGUUGGAGUGCUGGAGACAUAUUCAGUGAGUCAGUGUAUUUUGUAUGUCUUCAACCAAUUUAUGUACAUUUACAGUAACCAUAUAAUGUGAUCCAUAUAAUCAAGUGUAUUUGUGUUCCACAUGUGAGGUUACGGCUCUCUGUGUUCAGCGAGUUUUAUGUUUUUUGUUAGUUUGUAUUGUUAUGAUUAUGAAUGCAAAAUAAAUUGGCACAAUUCAAAAUAAAA